GAGCCACGAUCAGGCAUCAGUUAGCAUUCGUUCGUUCUUGCAACAGCCAAUACACAACACAAUUCAACAUGCAGAAGGGAAGCAUUCUUAUCGUGGCCAUCGUUGCCCUGGCAGCCAUAGCCGAGGCAGUGCCUCAGUAUUACCAGACUUUGCCGUACUAUCCACCUCCGACAUCUCGACCAGUGCUGAUGCGUGCACGCCGGCAGGUUCUGGGCGGAUCGUUGGCCUCCAAUCCGGCUGGUGGCUCCGAUGCUCGUCUGAAUCUUAGCAAAGGUAUCGGCACUCCCGACCACAAUGUCGUGGGUCAGCUCUUUGCUGCCGGCAACACGAAAUCGGGUCCAGUCACCACAGGUGGAACCGUGGCCUACAACAACCAUGGACAUGGUGCCUCUUUGACCAAGACCCACACUCCCGGCGUGAAGGAUGUCUUCCAGCAGGAGGUGCAUGCCAAUCUGUUCAACAACGGCGUACACAAUCUGGAUGCCAAGGCAUUCGCAUCGCAGAACAAGCUUGCCAAUGGCUUCAAAUUCCAACGCAACGGCGCCGCCCUGGACUACUCGCACGUCAAUGGUCAUGGCGCCAGUCUGACGCACAGCAAUUUCCCCGGCAUUGGCCGUCAGUUGGGCGCCGAGGCACGUGCCAACCUUUGGUCUUCGGCCGAUCGUAACACGCACUUGGAUCUAUCAGGAUCGGCCAACAAGUGGAUGAGUGGCCCAUUCGCCAAUCAGAGAACAGACUUUGGCGCUGGUCUGGGUCUAACACAUCACUUCGGUUAGGAGUUGCCGCUGUCUUCCAUUAUCUUCCAGUUAUAUAUUUAUUAAAAUAUUAAGAUUAAAAGAAAA